CACAACAGGCCCACGCCGCUCAAGCCGCAAGCGCUAAAUUCAAGGUUCUCAUCCCUGUUGGGCCCCACACUUGGCACAAUUGCAUCGCAGAGCGUAACGUGAAAGUCCGAGGUCCGUCAGUCUGCUCCGAGAUCUCACCACUUCCACUCGUGUUGCUGUACUUUACUCUUUAUCUCCCUCGAUUCCCCCUCCCGGAUGUCCCGGACGGUGUUUUAGAGUGUUUGUUCUGCCCUUUUUUUGUGUCGAAAUGGCGUCUAGGUACAAAGACAAAGACACUGGCAUCGUGUUGAGCUUCAGCGCCCGCUGGGUUAGCUGGGUGCACACGACCACUGCCUAUGCUGCUUUCCUGAGUGCUUUGGUCAUUGGUAUGUCACUGCACUACCACAAGAUUGUCAAGAACGAGUUCUACGGCUACCCGCAAGAAUGGUUCCCCUCCGUCUCCGCCACGAUUGGCGACCGGUACCCCGAGCGAUCCUUCUUUCAGUUCUUCAUUGCCAUUACAUCAGGCCCUCGCUUCGCCCUCGUCGGGCUCUGGUAUCUCCUCACGCGAAGGCGCGGCACCAGGCUCCCCGCAUUGGUCGCCGGCAUGGGUGUGUUCCGAACCCUGACCUGUGGCGGCUGGACAUUCAUCACCUCCACUGACGACCACGAUUGGCACGACAUCCUCAUGAUCUCGUACCUCGUUGCAACGCUACCCUGGACCACCGGCUGCAUCGCUCUCAGCCCGCCCAACCCGCGCGCAGUCAGGUAUCGCAAAUACCUUGCGACGGGGUUUUUCAGCACCCUCGUACCAAUGAUUUACUACUUCAUCCAACACAAGGUCCAUCGCGUUGCCGGAGCUUACACGACGUACGCCUUUUUCGAGUGGUCCUUGAUUCUGUUCGAUGUUGCCUUCGAUGCCGUUACGGCGCUCGACUUUGACACCUUGGAGGUUACGGUCCGGGAUGUCAGGGCAGUGGGCAAUGGUGAGCUUCGAUAUCCCACCUCAUCCGCAGUGCUCGAGAAGGAAAAGGAAAAAGCAACCGGUGGCGCUUUGGCUUUUCGCUUCACCUGGUCGCAGGCUCUCGAUGUUGCUGCAGAUGUUUACCAUGGUUUCGUUUUCUGGUCAAUCCUCACCAGUCUCGGCGUUUUGGUUUGGUACUUCCCUCUCUGGUACAUGGGUAUCUCGGGCUACGAGGUCCUCGUCCUGACGACCAUCUCGCCCUCCCUUCUAGCCAUUCGCUCCGUGCGCUUGCUAGUCCUCAAUAACCUCCGAAAUGUUCACCUCUUGUCUCUUGUCGGCGUCGCGGCGUAUCUCGUGGAAGAGCCCACUCUUCGCCUCUUUGCCGUGGGUUUCGGGGUGGUCAUGGCGUGCCUCGGCUGGGUUGGCACCCUGUACACCGAGUCCGUUCACGAUGGCCGUCUCGAGACGAAAAUUCUUGGAUGGAUGGUUGGCUUGAUCAUGUCCUCCGCUGUCAAAUAUGCCUGGUGGACCAACAACCCCAUCUGGCCCGUAAUGCAUGCUGGGAAUGGCGGGUGGAAUGGAACUGGUCUUUUCCUGGGCGUUCUGGCAGUUCUCCGCUUCACACGAAAGGCACCCCUGACGAUCGGCACUUACACGAGCCCGAGCAAGAGCGAAUCGAGUUGGCUAGCCUCUAUCGGCAUUGGCGGGCUGUUCUUCGGCCUUCACUCUCUCCUCUCGGAUACCAGCACCAUGAUUCUUUGGGUCUGGGAGGGCUACCCCAUCCGUGGCCCGUUCUCCUCCACCCAUGGUUGGCUUACUGUCGGAGCUAUGUCUCUCGGCCUCUUUUGCGGACUCUGGAACCCAAACGUUGCAAGCAGCUGGCUUGUGUUCAUUGUCGGCAGUGUUGGAGCCGCGACCCUGACUUGCUUCAGCCAUUGGACGGGAUACUCUGGUGCGCUUGCCAUAGCAGCGUACUUGAUGGCCUUUUCUGUGCCUAUGCUCUCUCAUGCGGCGAAGUUGAGCCCCGCCAAGACGUUUGGUUUUGGGUUCAUGAUUUACAACUUUUUGGUAUUGUUCCAUGUCUGGGUCGUCGCCUAUGCCUUUGUUCCCGGCGGUGCGCUCGUUCGUGAACAUACGGAUUGGGUCAUGACGACGAUGGUGGUGUCCAUUGGAGCAGGUGUCCAUGGAAUUAACUCUUCUAGGCUCAACCGACAGCAACCCAAGCGGAAUCCAUCGAUCCACCAGAGGAGAUAUUUCGGCCUGUCCACUCUCAUCGUCAACAUCUUCUUUCUGUGUGCCGCUUUCAAGCGCUUCCCGACCAACGACUACAAGCCAUAUCACCCUGAGGAGCGGAUCCUAACUGCUGGCAUCUGGACGAUACACUUCUCUCUCGAUAAUGAUAUGUGGUCUUCCGAGCAUCGCAUCCGUGACCUCAUCAAGGAGCUCGAGCUCGAUGUCGUUGGUCUCCUUGAGACCGAUAACCAGCGCAUCAUCAUGGGCAACCGGGACACUACCCAGUUCUUUGCUGAAGAACUCGGCAUGUACGUCGACUACGGCCCAGGUCCCAACAAGCACACCUGGGGCGCCGCCCUCCUGUCCAAGUUCCCCAUUGUCGAGUCCAAGCACCAUCUCCUGCCGAGCCCUGUUGGCGAGCUUGCCCCCGCGAUCCACGCAACGCUGAAUGUGUACGGACAGCUAGUCGAUGUUUUCGUAUUCCACUCCGGACAGGAGGAGGAUCCCGAGGACAGACGCCUGCAGUCCCUCUAUCUCGCCGAUCUCAUGGGCUCAAGCCCUCGACCUGCGUUCUUGCUCAGUUACCUGGUUACCGACCCUCUUGAGGGCAACUACAACACGUAUGUGAGCGAGAAGUCGGGUAUGCACGAUGUGGACCCAUCUGACUGGGAUCGAUGGUGCGAGUACAUCCUUUACAAGCGCCUGAAGCGCGUGGGCUAUGCGCGAGUCAGCCGUGGGUCCAUCACCGACACUGAACUGCAGGUGGUCAAGUUCCAGGUCCCCAAGUCGAGCGACGAGAUUGCGGAGCUUGAGGCCCUUUCCGAGAAGAAGCGCGAUCGUCGUGUUGACGAGGACCAAGUCCCUGAGGGCUGGAAGUUCCCCGCAAUGUUCCGCGGUGAGGGUGUCAGAGAUCACAAAUACCAUGUUUUCGAUGAGCCCAGGUACUAUAACCCUGCCUAGGUUUCUUCUUUUCUUUCUAUUGCUAUCGCGGUCGAUUUAGCAAGAGGAUAGGAGGAUUUCAUGUGCGAAAUAAUUCAUAAUCAAUUAUACGGGUAAUGUAUAACCGUGAUAGUCUACGAACUGUAUAUUCGAAUCUAUCUCAAUAUAUAUGUACAAAUUUUGGAUACUU